AGCCAUUUUGGAGUUGAUUUGUCACUUGCCUACCUUGUAAGAAACUUCAACUUUUCCCCUUUUCUUCAAAUAGUAGUGGAUUGACAGUGACAUUUAUCAAAUGGAGAUGAGUGUUUCACUUUUGUGUUCAGGAGUCCUAAAUCUACCGAGUUCAUGCUGUUGAGAAGUCAUGGCAUUGCGCAUGAAAGGACGUAGUGGUCAUGCACUAGACCAACUGGAUUAUGACAUAUUUUGGACAGAAUAUAGGUCUAUAGAGGAGAGUCGGAUUCCAGUACCUGAUGAGGAUCAUGAUGAUGAACACUCUAAAGAACCUCAAGGAGAAUGUGAACAAGAACUUCAGUGGCUCAAAGAAGCUGGAUUUGAUACCAUUGUAAAGAAAUAUAGAGAUAGCAAAGAAAUAGAUCAUAAUGAUGUGGAUUUUGAGAAGAUCACUGGUUCCCUAACAAGGAAACAAGCAGAAGCUGUGAGGAAAAGAAUUGACACUUUAAACCAAAGUACUAAGAGAAAGCUAGGUGUGUAUGUGGCUCAGCCAACCAAACAUUCCACCAGUAGCUACCCAGCAGAUGUGAGAACAAUUUUCCCAGUCAAAACUUCUGGACAGCCCAGCAAUGCAGAACAGAUAACCACUUCAUCAAGGCCAGCACUUCUGAGAAAGACUUACAGUGAAGGAAUACACAUGCAGAAGCCACAGUCACUUGAGAAUGGAGCAAAGGACAAUGAAUCUGCCCAAACGACAAGUAGGCUUUCACAUUCAGCUGGUAUGCUUUCAUUUCCAAUAGAGAGUAAAGAGUUUACAGGACAUCAUUUGCAUCCAGGACAUGCGGGGAUUCCUGAGAGAAGAUCAAGUGAUGAAUCACAUUAUCGAAAAGGAUUCCAGCAAGUAAAGCAUCCCCAUGGGGGAUCAGUAUUUUAUGUGACUGGAACAACAAAACAAGAGUUGUUCAACACUGCAGAAAAAACCAAAGAGUCCUGUGUGGAUGAGAUCAUGAACUCUGAUCUAAAACAUCUCAGUGUAUCACCUCCUGAGUCUAGCCCAGACUGUUUUCAUGAGGUACCAGUUGACUGUCCUGAGGAGGUUCGAGUUGAUGUUCCUCCAGACAGGGUUCAUGGAAAACCAAAUGGGAAAAUAAUCUGCAAUGAAAAGCCUUUCAGGGAACCUCAAUUUCCAAGAUUACCUAACUUUACACUCACCAAAGAUGAACUGGGCGUGACAAGUGUCGGAGAUAUCUCCUCACAGGAUAUGGAAAAAGUGCGGUCCUUGUCACUUAUAGAACUCACAGCACUGUUUGAUUCUCAUGGACUAACCCUUCACAGACGGAAGCCAGUCAGGAGAAAAGUAAGAGAAUCAGGAAUCUUUGGGGUACCACUGCAGAAUCUACUUCAAGAGGACAAAUUGAAGAAUGAGAGAACGGUAGUUCCUUCCUUUUUUAUAGAGCUCAUCAGACAUUUGGAAACAAAAGGUAUAAAGGAAGAGGGAAUCUUGAGAGUUCCUGGAAAUUCAGGAAGAGUUAAGGUUCUAAGGGAAGAAGUGGAGGAAAAGUUCAAUGAUGGGGUCUUUACAUGGGAUGACAGAAGACCACAUGAUUGUGCAGCUUUGCUUAAACAGUUCUUGAGGGAACUACCUUUUCCUCUUUUAACUCAAGAAUAUCAACCAACAUUUGCAUCUGUAGAAAGUAUACCAGAUAGAAAACAACAGCUUCAGGCAUUAAAUCUGCUUAUUAUGUUGUUGCCUGUAGUUCAUCAAGACUGUUUAAAGAUCCUUGUUCACUUCCUAAACAGAGUGGUAGCCCAAGAAAAACAUAACAAAAUGGGUUUAAACAGUGUGGCUAUGAUUGUGGCUCCAAAUCUGUUCAUUUGUUCAAACAAGUCUCAGCCAUCUUUACAAGAAAUCAAACAAGCUCAAGGCACUGUCAACAUUGUUAGAAUGUUAAUCAAGUAUCAGGCUAUUCUAUGGACAGUAAGUCCUCUACUUCUCUGUGGGUAUGAAUAUAUAGUAGUUGAGUAUGCAACUAAACAGGUCAAGAAGCUACUCGCCAAACGUGCACGAAGUGAGGGAAUGGGUGGAUCUCCUCAGAAGAAGCACUCAACUGGAGGAGAUUCUCCUCUUGUCUCUAUGGAUUCUGAUCAUGAAAACAACAUCAUAAGAGUGCAGGCACCAAUGCUCAACAAAGUUCUCAUGGCAAUUCAGCUGACUGAGUCCAUGCGUGCUGGUGACAUUGUCUCCAAGUUCCGUCGCCGAACAUCUCCAUCAGAGAGCCCAGAUGAAAGCUCCAAAUUUUUAGAAUCUUCAUCUAAUAAUUGCUAUCGCAACUGUGUCAAUCCUCACAACAACAACAGAUUUGCAUCUGAUAACUUUUUUCUCUAUGAGGCCGGCGGAAACAUAGGUGAGCGCUGCCUUGAUAAUGAUACGAAUAUGAUGGCCUUACUGAAAGUCAACCCGCAUGCAGAGUGGAUUGUUAAACCACGAGAUUAUUAUCUUAACUUGUAGGAGCGCCAGUAAAAAGUGUUUUAUGCAUUGUUAGCCUUACUGAAUUGUUGUACAGGAAGUGUGCUAGCAAAGUAUGAUGCAAAUUACCUUUUCAGAUCUUCUUUUUAUUAGUCUGAAAUAUUUCUGCAGAAAAGUCACCUAUUUCUACUGAUGGAAAAAUUAAUUAUUAGAACUUAACAAAAUUAUUGCAUUGGUUGUUAAAUCAAUUGAAUACACCAGUGUUACUAAUUUAUUCAAAUUAGAGUGAGAGAGAGAAAACAUUUUGUAACCAUGAUAGAUCUCUUUUUAGGUAAGUACGGCAUUGUGCUAUAUAUUUAAAUGAUCUAGAAUAAUAAUGAAUGAUAGGAAACAGUGAUGUAAUAUAAAGUCUUCCAUGCAACGUUUGUAUAGUUUAAUUGUUUUUCAGGAGAACGAACAUUUGUUUUAUAAAGGUGUCCUUGGUAAUAGUCAGCGUGUUUACUGUCAUCGUUCAAACAAAAAUACAGAUUGUACCGUUUACUUAAUUGAGAAUCAUUCUUGAAAUAUUAAAAAUUUGUACUCCCGAGGGAACCAAAUUAAAUACUUUUAUUUCUCCUACAAAUUUUCUUACCUUUAGCAAAAAAAAAAAGUUUCGCACAUGCGCCCUGGCGUAUCGUUACAGAAUAUAAACACCAUGUUAAUAAGAACAGUUGUGAACUUGAAUUAAAUCAACCCGUUUACGAAGAGUAAUGAUUUUCGUCGGGUUGUGGCGACUGUAAGGUCACAAAAAGGCCAGUAUAUUCAAAAGCGCCACACGGUCUACACGAAUGCGUACACAUCCGGGACUUUUUGGCUCCACAGAAUGUUCUUGGCACGUUCUUGGCUUUAAUGAACCACUUGUUUUGAACAGUCCAGGAUUUCAACGUGGGUCUCAUGUUCUCGUGAGUCGUCACCUUUCUGGACACGCACGAGUGAUUCAAGUGUUCACAACCGCUCUUAAUUGUUCUUAUUUGCCUCCAACAAACGGUUCAUUAGGAUACAACGAACGGGCUUUACGAUUUCGCUCUAAUGAAUGGGGCUGCAGAAAACUUAUUCGAGCCAAAAACCCAUGCAGUUAGACGAGCCAAUCAGGGGAGAGCUGAGUAACCCACUUGCACAAGACUUAAAGCGGCGCACUUUUUGAAAUUAUCACAAGCUUCGAGAAAUUCAACUUCAGUGAUCAACUCUCUCAAAAUUUUAGCCCCACGGUGUUUUCUCCUUUGGAAGACUCCUUUCGUAAUAUAGUUAAGGAACAAUUCAAGAACAGUUUAUACAAUUUCUAUUACUACAUUCCAGAAGUUCGAAACAUCAGUCUUAGUAAAUAAAUACAACUAACACUGGCAGUCUAUACUUCAUAUGAUUUAGUUGACCUUUUGGCAAACCUCGGUAUUUUAUCAUUCCUUUCAAGCAUUCUUUUGUGUUCCAGUCAAGCAUAGUCAAGUCAACUGCAAUCAAAUACGGCACAGUGUAGGCAGUCAAGUGCAGUGCAUCCAAGUUAAGGCCAGUGUUGUGCAAAGCUCUCCUAUGUCGUACAAUCUUGUCGAGUACAUCUACGUACAGUUAAGCACAGUCUAAUUCAGUUUCAUUUAGAAACGUGCAAUGCAGUCCAGCUCAGUCAAAUUAACUUGAAAGUGAUACAUUGCGGUCCCGUCCAAUUUAGUGAGGUGGCAUUCAGAAAAGUGCAGAUUCAAGUCCGGUCUAAUCUUUGGUUUUCACUCCGACACAAUAGUGUCUACAUAUACUGUAUUAAAGGGCUAUUUCUAAAUGAUAGUUUGAUAAGAGUAAACCUAAUUCAAGUAGAGCGAAAAUAGCUGAUCAAUAAGAGAUGAAAUUAAGAUAUAAAAGUAUAUCUUUAUAACUAAUAAAAGUGAUUAAAUUCAUGAAAAAAAAAACAAAUGGUCGAUUAAUAGAAAGAUGAGUAAAUAUGUGGUUAAGUUGAUGAGUAAAAAGAUUAAUAAAUAAAUACAGUUUAAUUGUA